AAAACGGUGGUGGGCUGAUGAUGGGCUCUGCCAAAAAAGAAACAAAGUGUGGUGUGGAAAGCGGAUUUCUCCAUUCCAAACUUUCCGCGUUCCCAUUUUGCUUAAUCUUGUCCACUUGUAGAUUCCGCUUUCGUCAUUUACCAAACAAGUCAACUUCUUGACUAUCUUGAUUCUUGUGAACAAAACCAGCUCUCUCUCACCAAUCGAGGCAACUUCAUCGCGCCUUUCAAGGAGCACAGGUUUCGACUCAUUCUCGUUUGGCCCAGGCUUCAUAUUGUUUCUGCAGUGCUUGUUUUUGUCAUCUAUUGCUGUAAUAAUUGUCCAACCAUUGUUUAGUGGCUGUUUAAUCAAUUAGAGUUUGAUUCCGCAUUCGGCACGAGAUUCAGGGUUGCGUAAAGCUCAGAAGCUGCUAUGGCGGAAGAUAAUGAGUAUACCAAAGAUGGGACGGUUGAUUACCGCGGUGAUCCUGCAAAGAGGAGCGAGACGGGAACAUGGAAAGCCUGCCCUUAUAUUUUAGGGAACGAAUGCUGCGAGCGGUUGGCAUACUAUGGGAUGAGCUCUAAUCUGGUGGUUUAUUUCAAGGAGCGCCUCAACCAACACAACACCACUGCUUCUAACAAUGUCUCCAAUUGGUCGGGAACGUGCUACAUCACGCCACUCAUCGGAGCCUUUGUUGCCGAUGCAUAUCUUGGAAGAUAUUACACAAUUGCAUCCUUCUCCAUCAUAUAUGUUAUCGGGAUGACAUUAUUGACACUAUCAGCAUCAGUUCCAGGCCUGAGACCAGCUUGCCAUGGGAAAGAUGAUUGCCACGCGACGACCAUGCAAUCUGUAGUUUGUUUCAUUGCACUCUACUUGAUAGCCCUCGGGACUGGUGGGAUCAAGCCCUGCGUCUCUUCCUUUGGAGCGGAUCAAUUUGAGGAUACUAAUGAGGUUGAGAAGAAGCACAAAAGCUCCUUCUUCAACUGGUUCUAUUUCUCAAUCAAUAUUGGCGCUAUGGUUGCUUCUUCCGUCCUAGUUUGGGUGCAAAUGAACGUCGGCUGGGGGUGGGGAUUUGGCAUCCCUGCAGUGACCAUGGCAAUAGCUGUUGCGUUUUUCUUCUCAGGCACUCGUUUGUACCGUAAUCAGAAACCUGGGGGGAGCCCUCUAACGCGCAUCUGCCAAGUACUAGUAGCAUCUUUCAGGAAGUUUCAUGUUGAAGUUCCUGAUAACGAGGAGUCGUUGUACGAAACCGCUGAUGCUGAUCCUGUAAUCAAAGGAAGUCGCAAGCUCGAGCACACCAAAGACCUUCGAUUCCUCGACAAGGCUGCAGUGCAGACGGAGCCAGACCACAUAAAGGGUGCGGUGGAUCCGUGGAGGCUUUGCACGGUGACACAAGUUGAGGAGCUGAAGGCCAUCAUACGACUGCUUCCUAUAUGGGCGACAGGGAUCAUCUUUGCCACGGUAUACGGUCAGAUGGGCACUUUGUUUGUGAUACAAGGAUUAACAAUGCAUACGCAAAUGGGGAAAGGGGGCUUCGAAAUCCCAGAAGCAUCACUAGGCAUUUUCGACACUCUCAGCGUGCUUUUCUGGGUCCCCAUAUACGACAGAAUCAUCGUUCCUGCUGCCAGAAAGCUCACAGGCCACAAGAAUGGGAUUACUCAGCUCCAACGAAUGGGAAUUGGCCUCUUUAUCUCCAUCUUCUCCAUGCUCUCGGCUGGGUUUCUCGAGCUCAUAAGGCUAAGGUAUGUGGAGAGGCAUAACUACUACAAGCUGGACAAGAUAGACAUGUCGAUUUUCUGGCAGGUUCCUCAAUAUUUCAUCAUAGGAUGUGCAGAAGUGUUCUUUUUUAUAGGACAGCUUGAGUUCUUCUAUGAGCAAGCACCCGAUGCUAUGAGAAGCUUGUGUUCGGCCCUUCAGCUCACGACCGUGGCUCUUGGUAGCUAUUUGAGCACUCUGCUGGUGACUAUAGUGACCAAUAUCAGCACGCGCCAUGGGAAGCUUGGGUGGAUACCUGAUAAUCUCAACUACGGCCACCUCCACUACUUCUUCUGGCUCCUGGCUGGGCUGAGCGCGCUCAAUCUGGGCAUCUUCAUUAUGGUCGCCAAAUGGUAUACGUACAAGAAGCCACUUGGAACGCUUCGUUGAUGGCUCGGUAUUAGUGGCUAUCUAUCUUCGAUUCUUCUCACGAAAAUGACCUCACCACUUGGAAAAUUUGCUCCCUGUGUGCAAGCAUACCCAGCUCCAUUUAAUAGCAAUCAAAACUAUAUAAUCUAUUUUGAGACUGUCCUACAUGAUGGACAGCUUCUAUGUAUAUAGUUUCAUGUUGAAAUCUGAAAUUUGAUUUUUUUUUGCUUUUUGUUUUUGGGUUUCAAAGAAAAUAUGAAAUAGUGUGCUCCUGGAGAGCAUGACUGACUUAUCAAUGAUCAUGUGGACUUGUGAAGGAUGGUUUUAAUGUUAGUUAUAAUAGAGAAAAGAAGAAGAAGAAAGUUAAAAAUGGAAAAGAAA